UUCUGCAUAAAGUGAAUAAGGCAAGAGGCCAUGCAGUAAGAUUGUGUUUCGCUCGCAGUUAAGAGUCAGAAAAAAAAUGGGUAACAAGGCGUUAAGUGCGGAUUUUGAGUGGGUUUACACGGAGCAACCGCACUCGAAUAGGAGGAAGGAAAUGCUAGCAAAGUACCCGGAGAUUAAGUUGCUCAUGAGCCCAGAUCCCCACCUGAAGUGGAUUGUAACGGCGAUGGUGCUCUUCCAGUUUGCCUCCUGUUACCUGGUGAAGGACUUGUCCUGGAAGUGGCUGCUGUUCUGGGCGUACGUUGUUGGUGGGUCCGUCAACCACUCGCUGACUCUGGCCAUCCACGACAUCUCCCACAAUGUGGCGUUCGGCAACAAGGACAUUAAGUGGAACCGCUGGUUCGGUGUCUUCGCCAACCUGCCCAUUGGCAUGCCCUACUCCGCCUCCUUCAAGAAGUACCACAUAGACCACCACCGGUACCUGGGAGGAGACGGCCUCGACGUCGAUGUGCCCACAGAAUUCGAGGCCCGCUUCUUCCGUACACCAGCCCGUAAGGUCCUCUGGCUCAUCCUGCAGCCCCUGCUCUACAUCCUGCGGCCUCUCUACGUCAACCCCAAGCCCAUCACCCAAAUGGAGAUUGUCAAUGCAGUCGUCCAGCUGAGUUACGACCUGCUCAUUUACUACCUCUGGGGCCUGAAGCCGGUGUUCUACAUGCUGUCCGGCUCCGUGCUGGGGAUGGGCUUGCACCCCAUCUCCGGACACUUCAUCGCCGAGCACUACAUGUUCCUGAAGGGGCACGAAACAUAUUCCUAUUAUGGACCUCUCAACUGGAUAACCUUCAACGUGGGUUACCACAUGGAGCACCACGACUUUCCCAGUAUCCCUGGCAGCAAACUGCCCCAGGUGAAGAAGAUUGCCCCGGAGUUUUACGAGAACCUGCCUCAGCAUAGCUCUUGGCUGCGAGUCUUGUGGGACUUUAUAUUCUGCGAUAACCUGGGACCUUUCGCUCGGGUUAAACGACAGUGCAAGGUGGUGAAGGAUCAGUGAGGGCCCCCUUGCUGCUGUUUAUUCCUUUGCACUUCCCCCACAAACCUCAAUAAAACAGCAUUAUAUAUAA